AUGUGUAACUGGUACAGCGCGUCCCUGUUCUGUCUCGACCUGGCCAACUACAUGAGAGACAGUAACAUGAUGCAUGUGCAAGCGAUUGGAAUCCUCCAGAUGUGCUGCCACGCGGCCGGGGACAUUGUGUUUCGACCUCGCCUGCUGGCAAUCGGGAUCCGGAUUGCGAACAACCUCGGGAUGCCGUUUGCACGCACCGGCACCGGCACCGGCACGCGAUCGCUGAUCGAGUCCGAAGUCGCACGGCGGUUGUGGUGGGUGUUUGUGAUUAACGAGUGGCUUGGCCAUUCCUCCAACCGGCCCUACAUCCACGAGGCAGAUUUUGACAUGCUUUUACCCCUCCCCAUGGAUGACGACGAGCUCGAAAGCGGCCAUAUCCCCGACGAGCUGCCAUCGCACCACAUCAGCCCGUGGCUUUAUACCACCACUCUAUGCCAGAUAGCGGUUGUGUUUCACCGAUUCAACCGCGCCGUGCAGACGAACCCGAGUGACCUUGAAAUCGUGGUCAAUCGCGCCGACAGUGAAUUGACCAGCCUCAUGGACGGGCUCCCAGCUCAUCUGCGAGACAACGUCGUCAAGUCUCCUCAAACACGGGCCCUGGAAGCGAAACACCUGUGGAUCAGAUGGCAGCGUGAGGAUCUCAAAACCACCUUUCUGCUUUUCCGUGCCAAAAUCAACCACCAUUGCCACAAGACAUGGACCAUGUCACCCAGUCUUUGUCUUAGCCAGCGCAUACUGUGUUUGCAAUCGGCGCGAUCGGUCAUCUCGGUCUACGAAUCCUCUGAUCUAUCGGCCCACCAGCGACGAUACAUGUAA